GCUGCCUCGUAUUCGACAAUUUCUCGCGACGCGGAACGGUAACGUUAUGACGACAGCGUAGCCCCCAAGGAUAUUCAGUGAUAGUGUGGAAAAUAAAUAUUGAAAAAAGUGUCCUGUGGUGAAACGAGUUAAGGAUACAAAGUCUAAGGAUGCGGUUGGAAGGCGUCAAGUGGGCACUGCUGGUGUGUCUAGCACUUUUCGUUGGCUGUGUCCGGAUUGAAGCCUACUCUCAGGUUUUGAUCAGUGGCAAUGCAGCGGGAAACGACCAAGGACCUCGUAUAUUUAAGGCUCUCAAUACGGAUUUGAUCUUCCCGAAAACCUUCAACUCCAGCGAAAAUGUGGUCUCCACCACUGCCGCUCCUGCGAUUACGUCCACAUCCACAACAACGCUUCCACCUAUUCCCUAUAACCACCAACCCGAGGGAACAACCAACUCGCCGGUGUUUGUUACUCCCUUAGUGGCAUCAGAUGCAGAGAAACCAAGUGAUCCUGUCCCUGCUCCAGUAUCCGAGGAGCAACCAGCGCCAGUUAUAGAAGGAGCCUCCACAGGUCGCGCCGUGGAUUAUCGGACGGCGUAUCCCUUUGGCCAACUGAUUACUCCUUUGCUGCGGGGCGGCAAGCCACAGCAGUACAACUCCCGACCCUCAAAGACACGUAUUUAUCCCCAAGGUAGUCCAUCUUACUACUCCUCAUCAUCACGAAACCCAUCUCGCUAUAAGGCUUCGAGGCCCAGCUACAAAAAAGGAUUUAGCGAUCGCUUCUCGCCCAGCGAAGGAACAGCCGCUGGUCUGUUCAAGAGCCACAAUCACAACCACGAUCACAGCCACGAUCACAGCCAUGAUCAUGGCCAUGGACAGGAUGGCAAGGUGGCCUCCGGAUCUAACUCCGUGAAUUCCUAUGUUGCCCCAAGCGAUGCCUAUUCCUUUCCGCCCCUGAACACCAAGUAUCCAUCGCCCUCGAACGAUCCCAAAGCAGCAUUGCCUUCGGAUACUGUGACGAGCUACUUGCCACCCGCAUCUGGAGGAUUGAGCAACGCGGGGUACUCCUAUCCGGGUCCUUCUUUUCCGGGUUACAAGUAUCCGGGUCCAUUGGCAAAUAGCAAUGGCGACAAGGAUGCGGCGGCCAGCAUGCCGAGUGCCUCUCCGCCGGCAGAUGAUGAUCCUGGAAACGAUGAUCAGAUUGGAGUCCUGCCCGCCAGUGCCAUGGACAACAUGCCAACGAAGGAUCAGGAUGGCAAGGAUGCCGGCGGUGCCGCUCCUGCCGAUGGCGGGGAUAUGGGUUCCCCUGCAGAUGGAGGAGAUAAUGGCGGCGGCGGUGGAGAUGGCGACGAAGGCCCACUGCCAGCGCUCCACAACGAUGGCUCCCAUCCCGACGACGAUCACAAGUACGAUCCCAGUAUGGAGUAUGCCACACCACCACCAGGUUGGCUGGAAUCUCACCCGGAAUCGGCGGCUCCCAAGCCGGAGGAUCACGAUCACGAUCACGAUCACGAUCAUGCGCCGGAGCCAGAUCACGACCAUGUGCACGGAGGUCACUAUCCGGGUCACUUUGAUUACCAGCCCUCCUAUCCGGAUGACUCGUAUCCGGACGUGAUUUACGACGAUCAUCCGCACCAUCACCACCAUGUUCACCACCCACCGCCUCCUCCGCCGCCACCACCACCACCACCACCGCCUCCGCCGCCCACGGAACCCCCACCACCGCCUCCUCCGCCGCCGGAGCCACGUGUCAAGAAGUACAGCUACUUCUACAUUGGCCGGAAGCUCUGGUACAUCCCACUGUACUUCACCGUGUGGUUCAGUUUCUACAUCCUGUGGCUCAUCAUCAAGUCCAUUGGCCGCCACAAGGUGAACCUGCCCAAUCACUAUGUCUCGCGACGCAGUGCACCCGAUCCGUUCAGCGAUCAGGGUCGGGACGAAUACAUAAACGAGAUGACGGUUAGGGUGCUGGAACACAUCGAUAGCUUUAAGCAGAAAUACUUGAACUGACAAGGACGCUAC